UCCAAUUUCCAAAUUAACUUUUUAAAGUCAGUUGCAAGCGGCAAAUCGAAAAGAUUUUUUUUUUUUAUAUAUAUGUAUUCCUCAAAAUAGCUUUCUUUUACAGCGAAUCCCCUCCUGCGAUACACCCUCAGUUUGACUGCAUGGUUUUCAUGAUUUCAAGUAGCAUUGCAACAUCCAUUGUUUCCUGUAAAGCGGGAAACAAGAACGACUUCCCUUUCUGGAUUCUGAUUUGCCUGUUCUCAAGAUUCCUGGAGACUCCACUUUUAUAUCCGACUCUUCUGUUUCUUGUGACCCGGCCUUCAUCAAUUUAGAAAUCUCAACCAUUAAUCUUGAACUUCGAAAAAUGGUUGCUUCUCAAUGUUUGCAAAUGAAUGGAAACGCUAUUGGGAAGACUGCCCAGAACCAACUGCUUCUUCCAAUGGGCCCACCUGACGUUCUUCCUGUGGAUCAUGUUGACUUGGAGUUUGACUUCUCUGACGUGUUUGGCGUGGCCCCACCUCAAGUACCUUCUACGCUUAAUACGAAUGACUUAGUGUAUGAUGAGCCAGAGGUAAUUUGCAGCCGGUCCCAUUCGUUGGUGGGUCCUACAACUUUUACCAGUCAGUCCAUGAAGCUUAGCAAGCUCACUUUACAUGAGACUGAAUACGAUCUUGUUGUUGACGCUGAUGAUGACACUGCUGGCGAUUUACUGAACGACCAAAGUAUUAGUGUGGGGCUUGAAGAUUUUGAAGUUUUGAAAGUGGUUGGUCAAGGAGCAUUUGCAAAAGUUUAUCAAGUGAAAAAGCAUGGUUCGUCGGAGAUCUUUGCAAUGAAGGUCAUGCGCAAGGAUAGGAUUUUUGAGAAAGAUCAUGCUGAAUAUAUGAAAGCAGAAAGAGAUAUUUUGACUAAAGUCAACCAUCCGUUCAUCGUGCAACUCAAAUACUCCUUCCAGACCAAAUACAGAUUGUUUCUUGUUCUUGAUUUUGUAAACGGUGGCCACCUUUUCUUUCAACUCUACCGACAAGGCUUGUUCAGGGAGGAGUUGGCACGUUUCUACACUGCAGAGAUUGUGUCUGCGGUUUCGCAUCUUCAUGCUAAUGGCAUAAUGCACAGGGACCUGAAACCUGAAAAUAUUCUUCUGGAUGCAGAGGGACAUGUUAUGUUGACUGAUUUUGGUGUGGCAAAACAAUUUGAUGAGAGUACACGGUCAAAUUCAAUGUGUGGAACAUUAGAGUACAUGUCGCCUGAAAUUGUACAAGGGCGGGGCCAUGAUAAGGCUGCUGAUUGGUGGAGUGUUGGAAUUUUAAUGUAUGAAAUGCUUACAGGGAAGCCCCCGUUUAGAGGUGGAAACCGGCAGAAAAUUCAGCAAAAGAUAGUUAAGGAUAAGAUUAAGCUUCCAGCCUUCUUGUCGAGUGAAGCACACUCUCUUUUGAAAGGGUUGCUUCAGAAGGAAUCAAGCAGGCGUCUAGGCAGUGGAGCAGGUGGAAGCAAUGAGAUAAAAAGCCACGGUUGGUUUAAGUCAAUCAACUGGCAAAAGUUAGAGGGUCGAGACAUAAAGCCGAGUUUCAUUCCACAAGUUGCUGGUAAGCAAUGCAUUGCAAAUUUCGAAGAGUGUUGGACCAGUUUGCCCCCGGUGCUGGAUUCCCCGGCUGCCAGCCCAAAAUGUAACGAGAACCCGUUCAAGGGGUUCACCUACGUAAGGCCUGCAGCUCCUUUUCUACACAUGAAUCAAUGAUUGUCGGGAUUUGGUUUAAAACAGUUUGUGAUAAGUUGAUGUUCUAAUAGGAGGAUCUUUGGUUGGUAUUUAUGAAUGUUUUUGAUGACAUUACAAAAUCUGAUUCAAAUGCAAUUUGGAUGUGAACUAAUAAAUAUGUUAUAAUAAUGGUUAAAUGUCUUUAA